GGACGCGGCCGGGGCCGGAGGGUUCCGGUGCGGGGCGCAGACGUGUCCGCCGGGGCCGUGGAGCGACAGGCGCUGCCCCUGCCCGCUCGGAACAGCGCCUGGCCCGGGGCCGGCCCGGCGGCGCCAUGGCCGGGACCAGCAGCCCCGAAGCCGUGAAGAAGCUGCUGGAAAACAUGCAGGGGGACCUGCGGGCCCUGAGCCUGGAGUGCCGGAAAAAAUUCCCCCCCGUCAAGGAGGCUGCUGAAUCAGGAAUAAUAAAAGUGAAAACAAUAGCUGCACGAAACACAGAUAUUUUGGCAGCAUUGAAAGAGAACAGUUCAGAGGUGGUUCAGCCUUUUCUGAUGGGUUGUGGAACAAAAGAACCAAAGAUCACUCAGCUGUGUCUCGCAGCCAUACAGAGGCUCAUGUCUCAUGAAGUUGUUUCAGAGGCUGCAGCUGGAAACAUUAUCAAUAUGCUUUGGCAAUUGAUGGAGAACAGUCUUGAAGAACUUAAAUUGCUCCAGACAGUUCUUGUACUUUUAACAACCAAUACGGUUGUACAUGAUGAAGCACUGUCCAAGGCUAUUGUACUUUGCUUUCGAUUGCACUUCACAAAAGAUAAUAUCACAAAUAACACUGCAGCAGCUACAGUGCGGCAGGUGGUAACUGUUGUGUUUGAGAGAGUGGUUGCUGAAGAUGAACGAUACAAAGAUGCUGUUGACCAGCCAGCUGCAGUUCAAGGGAAUAGUAAUAGAAGAUCUGUCAGUACACUGAAGCCAUGUGCUAAGGAUGCAUAUAUGCUUUUUCAGGAUCUUUGUCAGUUAGUUAAUGCUGAUGCUCCCUACUGGCUCGUGGGCAUGACAGAAAUGACGCGGACAUUUGGCCUUGAACUUCUUGAGUCGGUCCUCAAUGACUUUCCACAAGUGUUUUUACAACAUCAGGAAUUCAGUUUUCUACUUAAAGAAAGGGUAUGCCCUCUUGUUAUAAAGCUCUUCUCCCCAAAUAUCAAAUUCAGGCAAGGUUCCACCACCUCAUCUUCCCCAGCACCAGUGGAGAAACCAUACUUUCCCAUCUGUAUGCGUUUGCUGCGAGUAGUUUCUGUUUUGAUUAAACAGUUUUACAGUUUGCUGGUAACAGAAUGUGAAAUCUUUCUGUCAUUGCUGGUUAAGUUUCUGGAUGCAGACAAACCACAGUGGCUACGAGCUGUUGCAGUAGAAUCUAUUCACAGGCUUUGUGUGCAGCCUCAGCUAUUAAGGUCUUUUUGUCAGUCAUAUGAUAUGAAGCAACAUUCCACUAAAGUUUUCCGUGAUAUUGUGAAUGCACUGGGGUCCUUUAUCCAGUCUCUAUUUCUUGUACCAAGCACGGGGAACACAUCAGCAACACCAAACCAAACUGGAAGCAAUGCAUCAGGGAAUACUGGCUCAGCACAAACGAACCCAGGAGUGCUUGGAAUGGGUGGAGGUGCAACUGUAUUACCUGCCUUUGAGUACAGAGGCACUUGGAUACCAAUCCUGAAUGUAACAGUACAAGGCAGUGCUAAAGCUACAUAUUUGGAGAUGCUGGACAAAGUUGAGCCACCUACAAUUCCUGAGGGCUAUGCGAUGUCAGUGGCAUUUCACUGUUUGCUGGAUCUUGUUCGUGGUAUCACGACCAUGAUCGAAGGAGAGUUGGGAGAGGCAGAAACUGUCAUUCAAACCACAACAGAGGCAACUCCAUUACCAGCACAGUCUUCAGAGCAAGAUCUGCAGUCUGUUUCUGACCAAUCAGAGAAAGAACUAGUUAGCAGAGCUGUCUGGGAAGAAAUGGUGAAUGCUUGUUGGUGUGGUCUUCUGGCUGCUCUAUCCCUUCUACUUGAUGCAAGCACUGAUGAAGCUGCCACUGAAAAUAUUCUAAAAGCAGAAUUGACCAUGGCUGCACUUUGUGGAAGACUGGGUCUUGUAACAUCAAGAGAUGCCUUUAUCACUGCCAUUUGCAAAGGAUCCUUGCCUCCUCACUAUGCCCUUACUGUAUUAAACAGUACAACUGCAGCUCUGUCCAGCAAAUCAUAUUCCAUUCAGGGACAGAAUGUUCAAAUGAUUAGUCCCUCAAGUGAGUCUCACCAGCAAGUUGUAGCAGUAGGGCAACCCUUAGCUCUUCAGCCACAGGGAACAGUUAUGCUGACAUCAAAAAAUAUCCAGUGUAUGAGGACAUUACUCAACCUAGCUCACUUCCAUGGUGCUGUUCUUGGUACAUCGUGGCAGCUUGUCCUGGCUACCCUUCAGCAUCUUGUGUGGAUUUUGGGACUGAAGCCUAGUGUUGGGGGCGCAUUAAAACCUGGAAGAGCUGUGGAAGGGCCAAGCACAGUUCUGACUACAGCAGUUAUGACUGAUCUGCCAUCUAUAUCCAGCAUGAUUUCAAAGCUUUUUGAAAACUCACAGUACCUUGACGAUGUGUCUUUACAUCACUUAAUAAAUGCCCUUUGCUCCUUGUCUCUGGAAGCCAUGGAUAUGGCCUAUGGAAACAAUAAGGAACCAUCACUUUUUGCUGUUGCUAAAUUACUGGAAACGGGACUCGUUAACAUGCGCAGGAUUGAGAUUCUUUGGAGACCUCUGACCGGUCACCUUCUGGAGGUCUGUCAGCAUCCCAACUCCAGAAUGAGAGAAUGGGGAGCAGAAGCUUUAACUUCUCUCAUUAAAGCAGGACUGACAUUCAGACAUGAUCCUCCAUUAUCUCAAAACCAGAGACUGCAGUUGCUUUUAUUGAAUCCACUAAAGGAGCUGUCAAACAUUAGUCACCCUGAUAUCAGGAUCAAGCAGUUGGAGUGUGUGCUACAGAUUUUACAGAGUCAGGGUGACAGCUUAGGACCUGGUUGGCCAUUGGUGCUUGGAGUCAUGGGGGCAAUCCAAAGUGAUCAAGGAGAGUCCUUAAUACGGACUGCGUUCCAGUGUCUUCAGCUGGUUGUGACCGACUUCCUUCCUACAAUGCCAUGUACUUGUCUGCAGAUAGUUGUUGAAGUUGCUGGAAGCUUUGGACUUCACAAUCAAGAGCUUAAUAUUAGCUUAACUUCAAUUGGUUUGCUGUGGAAUAUUUCAGAUUAUUUUUUCCAAAGAGGUGAAAUAAUUGAAAAGGAGCUAAACAAAGAAGAAGCAGUGUUGCAGAAACAGGCAGAAGAAAAGGGGGUGUUGCUGAACAGACCUUUCCAUCCUGCAUCACCAUUUGACUGUCUUUGGUUAUGCCUGUAUGCCAAACUCGGAGAGCUGUGUGUGGAUCCCCGACCUGCAGUGAGAAAGAGUGCUGGGCAGACAUUGUUUUCUACUAUUGGUGCUCAUGGAACUUUACUGCAGCAUUCAACGUGGCACACAGUAAUAUGGAAGGUUUUAUUUCACCUGUUGGAUAGGGUUCGAGAAUCUUCUACAACAGCUGACAAAGAGAAGAUUGAAUCAGGAGGAGGCAACAUUCUCAUUCAUCAUUCAAGAGAUACAGCUGAGAAACAGUGGGCUGAGACAUGGGUAUUAACACUGGCUGGAGUUGCAAGGAUAUUUAACACUAGGAGAUACUUACUGCAGCCUCUAGGAGACUUUUCGCAAGCCUGGGAUGUUCUUCUUGAUCACAUCCAGUCAGCAGCACUUAGCAAAAAUAACGAAGUUUCCUUGGCUGCUCUGAAAAGCUUCCAGGAAAUCCUACAAAUUGUUUCUCCUGUUCGAGACUCUGAGAAGCCUGAGACACCACCUGCCAUCAAUGUUUCUGUACCUCUGGUGGUAGGGACAACUACUGCCACUAGUCUUGGCAGAUCAUUCAUGAGAACUGACUCCAUAGGAGAAAGAAUAGGAAGAUAUAAUGGAUCUGAACCUCCUGUAAUAACAGAUGAGAUUGAAGAUUUGAAUCUUUGGUGGGCAGCCUGGAACAGCUGGUAUAGGAUUGGAUCAGAAAGUACAAGGCCUCCAAUUACUUGUGAUAAAUUGACUUUCAUUCCCAGCCAGCCUUUUCUUACAGCUUUAAUUCAAAUAUUCCCAGCUCUUUACCAACACAUCAAAACUGGUUUCAGCAUGGAUGAUCUCCAAAAGCUCGGUGUCAUUUUGCACGGUGCUGUUUCAGUUCCAAUCAGCUCAGAUGCUUCCCCUUUCAUCCUUCCAUCUUACACUGAAGCAGUUCUGACAAGUUUACAGGAAGCAGUGCUUACAGCUUUAGAUGUUUUACAAAAGGCUAUAUGUGUGGGCUCAGAAGGUAUGCAGAUAAUGUAUCCUGCAAUCUUUGACCAACUACUGGCCUUUGUAGAAUUUUCCUGCAAGCCUCCACAGUAUGGACAGUUGGAAACAAAGCACAUUGCAAAUGCAAAGUAUAAUCAGAUACAACUAUUUGCACCGGCAGAAUGGGUGGCAUUGAAUUACGUACCAUUUGCAGAGAGAUCAUUGGAAGUUGUGGUGGACUUAUACCAAAAGACAGCUUGCCACAAAGCUGUGGUAACAGAGAAAGUUCUUCAGAACAUUAUUAAGACACUUAGAAUACCUCUUAGCCUGAAGUACUCGUGUCCUUCUGAAAGCACAUGGAAGCUAGCUGUGUCCUCUCUUCUCAAAGUUCUCUCCAUUGGACUGCCUGUUGCAAGGCAGCAUGCAUCUUCUGGAAAAUUUGACAGUAUGUGGCCAGAGCUAGCAAAUACUUUUGAAGACUUUUUGUUCACAAAAAGCAUAUCUCUCUCGCUGAUGCAAGGAGGGCUCUAGAGCUAGCUGUGGAAGUUCCCCACAUUGAGGUAAUGCUCUUCUGAUUUCCUUUGCUAAAAUCUUUCUGCACUCUGUGCAAGAUGCUAUGAGACUACCCUUGGCAAGUAAGGCAACCUGUCCUUUUCGAUUUGAAAUUUGCUAAAUUGUGUCUUCUAGUGGUUUAUAAUUGCAGAAUACUUAGUCUCUUAAAUUUGUAGUCGUUCCACUUGUAAGGAAAUUGAAUUCAGAAUUUUCAAAUUUAGUGUAUUCUUUCAAUUUUUUUUUGUAACUCUAACAGAAAACAUAUACUAGUCAUAGUGGUGCCUUAUUCCAGGGUAAUUUGAGAGAAUCUAUUCACUGUUUUGAAAAUAACAACUAAAAAUUAUUGCUGAGUUGACAUGCAUGUCAUCCUUCAGGUUGCAGGGGAAGGCAGUGAGAAUGUACUUUCCAACUAUCCAUAUUAUUCCUUUAUUUAAGGACAGCCAGGUGGUUUUGAUGUGUUUCCUGAUUUAUUUAUAUUAACAAUGAGCUGUGUUUUUUAAAAUUCUGAAACUACUUGGAUUUUUGUCCAUAACACCAAAUCAAUUAACCAAGCCACAGCUGAGAAGAGGAGAGUGGUUUUAGUUAGAUUUGUGACUUGCAAACUUGAAUUGGUUUUAGUAACCCUGCUGAACUUGUCCAAGUGGCUUUACUGCAGCUGUGAGUCAGGUCAUCUCCGGUGGCUUUCCAACUUGCAAAUGUGUCACGCAGGACAGGGAGGUUAUUAAGUUAGGUGCAGGAGUGUACAAAUUUUACUAAGGCCAGCAUGGAUUGAAAAGGUUCUGAAGCACAAAGAAUUUGGGAAAUACAGUUCAGUUGACCCCCCCCCCAACCCCGCAACAGGCUGACAGCAAGACAGAGUAACCCCAUUACUGCAUUAGCUGGAUUUUUAGCAUUCUCUAACAUGUCAUCCCUUGUAACAGGAAUAGUUAGAUAUAUACAGUUAGACCUGAAUAUGGUUAGAACUGAAAAUCCACUUUCUUACGCUGGCAUUCUGUAAUUUUUCCUAAGCUCUUUGUUUGAAUGAAACUGGAAUGUUCUGUCACAAAACCCCCUUCCUUUUCUUCCUUCAGUCUUGAUACAUUGUCAUACUCCACACUUUUCACUACUAAAUGUUCUGUGCUGUUGUCUGUCCAGGCUAUAAGCAAAGCUUGGUAAAUGGCUUCCUUUUGUAUCUCCUCUUCAAACCUUUAUUCUCCAAGCCUGACUUAGCACUGCUGGGAUGGUUCUAAAUAUGAAACAUCUGCAUCUCUGUAAGCUCACAAAAGGCUUAAUGCAGUCAGUCUUCCUAGCAACACUGCAUAACAGAUUUGAUUAGGUUUUUUUCCUUUAGCUUUCAUUAAAAUACGCCAGUGCACGUUGCCUUAUUUUUGUAGGCACGUUCUCCAAGUUUCUACCUGUCUGAGCAUUGGGGAGAAAAAUUAAAUUAUUUCACUGAUGUUCUAAAUUUUUAACCAAUAUUUGAAGCAUUUUUCUAAUCUAACUCAUAACUCUUCUAGUCACUGUGGUCCUAGAAAUUGUAUGUGUAGGUAGCCUAAUAUUGCUUCUGGCAUUGAAACCGAGUUGGCAUUGAUUAGACAAGAGGCCACUGUAGUUUGAACCCUUUAAACUAAAGCUCUGUGAAUAGCUGUAUUUUAAAAUAGUGUCCCACCUCUGUCUUUUGGCUAGGAACAGAAUUUCAAGCCAGCUAUGGGGCUAAAUGAGAGAGGAUACUCAAUGAUGUUUAAAAAGUACAAAGCACAGCAGAAAUUGUCUCUGCAGCUUUGUACAACAAAAUCUCAAAUAUAGCCAGGAGAUCCCAGGUAAAUGAAAAAGGAAUAUGUUGCUGUCAGAGCAUUAAUGCCGUCCAAGACAGAGGUUUCAGCUUUAAAAAAAAAAAAAAAUUAUAGCAAACUACAGCUGAGGUGACUCAAUAAUCUUGAUUUUUGUCAUAAAUCAAGAUGACAUUUAAAAUUAAUACAUUUCAUAUAACUUAAUUUACACAAAAUUGUCUUCCAGUAAGAAGCUGGUGUGUUUAUUAUUUCAUAUUGUUCUUCUUUCCCAGAGGCUUUCAUAGAAGCACGUCAAGCCAUUAUAUACAAUAAAAUUCACCGAAUAUGUGUGUGUGUCUAUAUAUAUAAUUUAUUAGAGCAGAAGUCUAUCCUCACACGAGGGAAUUAAAUCAAUACUUUCCCAAAAGAUGCUUCUGUGCAGAGUGCUGUGCACAGCAGGGCUCCGGGUGCUUGUUAGGUCUUUGCUCUUGGCUCUGAAGCCCUCCCUGUUCAGUGGGGAGGGGCUGGGGGCUCUGUACUGAGGAAAGUUGCUGCAUCACACUCUUAUCUUUCCUGGCUCCUGACCCUCCGGUAUGGUUUGGGUAUGUUGUGCCAGAACAGCAAAGCAUUUGGCCCCUAGAUAGAUCCACAUAGACAAAAACCUAUUUACUUGGGAAUAAUUUGCUACAUGAACAAGAAUGUACCAUAAUCUUUAGUAGGUAAGGUAGAUCAGGUAUGGAUGACUGGGCAGAAAAGCCUGACACCUCUUUAGGUAAACCUCAGCUCAGAAACUGAGUCAUAAAUUAGAAAGCCUCAGACUGAAAUCUUCCCAUGUAUUUCAACAUGACCUGCAUUUCUGUGCAUCAUAAUAGCCUAAAUUAUUAUCAAAACGUUUUGCAUACUUAACAACUCUGUGUUUUAGAAAAGCUACUGAUUGAACAGCUACUUAAUAUUUUAUUUUAUUCUAUGUUUUCAACAUAAAAUUCCAAACUUUCUGACUCCCUAAUACACAACCCAGUAAUAAAUACAAUAGUUUAAUAUUUUAUUCUUUUAUUCAUACAUGUAACACAUGUCCAUUUCGUAGAUAAAGUGAUCUAGACUUUAUCUGCAUAAAGUCUCUUUGAGGAGCAGAGAUAUAUUUAUUUUUCAAGCAGAAACAUUGGUACAUACGUAAAACAUUCCUAAUUGUCAAAACUGAAAAUUAGCUGUAGAUGUGAAGACUGAUCUUCAGUGUGUUAUGCAAAGUAUUCAGAAGAUGGGGAAAAAAAGCCUCUCUCAGAAAAAUCUUCCUCAUCUUUGUCAGCAACAUACAGGAGCACUGGAAGAAAAAAAUCACGCAAAACAUAAUGUCUGUCAGCAAAACUAAUCAGAUUUGAAUGAGAUUUCAAAACUUUCAAAGUUCUUAAACUUGCAUUAAAAUUGGCAAUGGGACACAGGAGGCAGGCCCAGAUGAGCGCCCUUAUGAGGACAAGAUUGGCAUAGGUCCACAGUCCUAUCCUGGGCAGCUACCUUGCCUGUGAGCCUGUGCUUAGCUCUGAACUACCCAUCACAGGGUCUGUUGAAUCACUUCUGGACAUUUCAUCUGAAAAUAAAUUCAUAAAUAGAUAUAUAUAUCUAUCUAAUGGAAGAACUACCAAAAGUUCUAAAUUUCUACAAAACUAUUGUUUAUAAAAUGGGUUUUUCUUCUAAUAAAAUUUAUUAAGAAUGAGAACAAAUACAUCAUUUCAGUUAGCAGGGGAAAAGGACAUGGUAAUAUCCCAUUAAUGAAAAAUGUUUCAUUAAUAUAGAAGAAAAUGUAAAAUUAAAAAAAAAAAUUAAGAUGUACCAUUGAACUCAAAAGUAUUUUUCUGGCAUAGUGAGUGAAAAGACUAGGUUGCUCAAAGCCCCCAUCCAACCUUACCUUGUGAUCAUUAGUCAUUACCAUAUAGUAGUACCAACUUGAUGCAUGUAAUAACUGUAAAUGUAAUGCACUUUCCCAUACAUAUCUCCUCAUGUUGUAAAUUUGAAG